AGGAGUUCCGUGUCAGUCGACUGCUGAGGGUGGGAACGAGAAGAGUCUGCCUCUCCUUCGUCAUGGAAGUCGGAAAGUGGCCACGCUUGCUUCUACUGGGCCUCCUCUGCCCGCUCGUCCGGUCCGGCUGUCCGUCCAAUUGGAUCAAGUACGGCGGCGCCUGCUACUAUUUCUCGAAGGACACGGCGACGUUCGCCCAGGCGUAUCCGUUCUGCGCCCAGGAGCAAGGGGGUCUCUUCGCCUUGCCCAAGUCGUCGGAGGAGAACAAGUUCUUUGGGGACAACACUAAUUUCUUGGCUACGUGGUUGGCGGUCUCCUACCCGCUGUCAUUGGUGCCACCCCGUGUGGGCGAGGGCUACAGUAACUAUGACGAUGCCAACAAUUACGAUCAGUCUAAUGAAGACUUCGUCUAUAUGUACCCAUCGCAAUGGAAGAAUGACGACUGCAACAAGAAGAAGGCCUUCAUCUGCGAAGCAAUAGCCCCCGCCGUCUCUGGAGCUUGCCUCAACAAUUACUCCCCGCUGCCAAAUCCUGCUGUCACGGGGGUGGAAACGCGUUGCUACUACUUCCACACUGAAGGCGCGGUGACGUUCGCGGAUGCACAGGCGCGCUGUACCACGGAAGCUGCGUACUUGCUCUCUCUCACCAACGCCAAUGAGUCCCAUUAUAUCAACGCGGAAUUGAGAGCACGUUCUAAGGCAUCUUUGAGCCAAUCGAGAGAAUUCUGGAUCGGCUACACUCGACAGCAGGAGUAUAGCACCGACGGCGACUUCGCCUGGGUCGACAAGUCCCCUCGCUUCUUCACCGACUGGUACCCGGGUCAACCGGUGGCCAACGCCAAGAACGACGUCCGGAACUGCGCCUGCAUCUUCCCCUCUCGGUGGACGACCGUUUCGGCGAAUCCAAUGACUGAUAACGCCUCCAUUCUGAAGAUGGGCUACGUGUGCCGACGGGGCAUGGGGGCCGCCGCGGCCACCUCGGUCUGGUAUGCAGUCUAUGGACUCGGGACUUACAUCGCGGGUCUGGCCCGAGCCGCUCUUCCGUUCUGA